AGGUAUAAAAAGAUAUCCUACCCUGGUAUUUGCCAGCAGAGAUCGAAUUCCAACUGCAGUUCUGUUUCUUUUGUUUUCUCUCCCACAAAAUCGCCAUCUCUCUCGAACUGUUCCUUCUGUCAUUUUCACAAUCACAUCAUAAACCCAUCAACACAAUUUCCACACACAUCAAGAACCCUACCUUCAAAAUUUUCUCGUGAUUCCUUUUCAUUUCCACAUCUUUCUCUUCAAUCACAUGCUCUUUUCAUUUCCAAUUCUCGUGGCUCUUAUCUAAUCGUCAUUAAUUCCUCUCAACGCUAUAAUAACCUCUUCAUUAAACACAUUAUAAUUUUAAUUAAUUGCUAUCAUAAACCGAUCCAGAUUUACAAAUUCAUCAGAAAUCAAACUGAUUAAUUAACCAUCUCUCUGAUCAAUUUUACUUCGGUUGAAAUCAAUGAUCGGGAAGAAGGAGAUGGAGGAAGAGGAAGAACAGAAAAUCAGGAGUAAUAGCAAUCAAAGGACGCUUUCGAGGUCUUUAUCUACAGCUUCAUCUUCUGCAGAUGAAAAUGAGUACGAAGUUCAGGAUCUUAAAGAUCGAUUGAAAUCAUCAAGAGGAAGCAUGUUCAAUUUGAUAGAGACGGAGUUAGGGUUAAGGAUCGGUUGGAGAAAGUUCAGUCGCGGAGCUCCUUUUCAAGAAUCCGUUAUCAUUAAUCCUGAUAACAGGUGGUAUCGAGCAUGGAUCAAAUUCAUAUUAUUAUGGGCAGUAUAUUCAUCUUUCUUCACCCCAAUGGAGUUUGGAUUUUUUCGUGGUCUGCCCGAGAAUCUAUUUAUACUGGACAUCAUAGGACAGAUAGCUUUUCUUGUGGACAUUGUUUUGCAGUUCUUUGUUGCUUAUAGAGACAGUCAGACCUAUCGCAUGGUCUACAAGCGUACUCCUAUUGCUUUGCGGUAUCUAAAAUCAAACUUUGUGGUUGAUCUUCUUGGAUGUAUGCCCUGGGACCUCAUCUACAAGGCUUGUGGACGGAGAGAGGAAGUGAGGUUUCUAUUGUGGAUCAGAUUAUAUAGGGCGCAGAGAGUCGUACAAUUUUUCAGAAAUUUGGAGAAAGACAUACGUGUCAAUUACAUUAUUGCUCGGAUUGUGAAACUUUUAGUUGUUGAACUCUACUGCACCCACACAGCAGCCUGCAUUUUCUACUAUUUGGCUACUACACUUCCGGAAUCUCAAGAGGGUUACACAUGGAUAGGAAGUUUGAAACUGGGUGACUAUAGUUAUUCAAGCUUCAGAGAAAUUGAUCUUUGGAAGCGCUACACAACGUCAAUGUAUUUUGCUAUUGUUACAAUGGCUACUGUUGGCUAUGGAGAUAUACAUGCAGUAAAUUUGAGGGAGAUGAUAUUCAUAAUGAUUUAUGUUUCAUUUGAUAUGGUUCUUGGUGCUUACUUGAUCGGUAACAUGACAGCCUUGAUAGUCAAGGGAUCAAAGACUGAAAAGUUUAGGGACAGGAUGACAGAUCUGAUGAAAUAUAUGAAUAGAAAUAAACUUGGUAGGGAUAUCCGUGAACAAAUAAAGGGCCAUGUGCGCCUGCAAUUUGAGAGCAGCUACACUGAUGCUUCCGUCCUUAAGGACAUUCCCAUUUCUAUUCGAUCUCAGAUAUCUCAAUCGUUGUAUUUGCCAUACAUUGAGAAAGUUUCUCUUUUUAGAGGAUGCUCUUCAGAAUUUAUCAAUCAGAUUGUUAAUAGGCUCCAUGAGGAGUUUUUUCUUCCAGGGGAAGUUAUAAUGCAACAAGGAUACGCUGUAGAUCAACUAUAUUUUGUCUGUGAUGGUAUGCUGGAGGAAGUAGGCAUAGCUGAAGAUGGGUCCGAAGAAACUGUUUCACUUUUAGAGAAACACAGUUCAUUUGGAGAAAUAUCUAUUCUUUGCAACAUUCCGCAGCCAUAUACUGUCCGCGUUUGUGAACUGUGUAGGGUCCUGCGGCUCGAUAAACAAUCAUUUUCAAAUAUCCUUGAAAUAUACUUUUAUGAUGGGAAGAAAGUAUUAGACAACCUUAUAGAGGGAAAAGAGUCUAUUAAAGGUAAGCAAUUGGAGUCAGACAUCACAUUUCAUAUUGGAAAGCUAGAAUCUGAACUUGCUUUGAAGGUCAACAGAACAGCUUUUGAUGGUGAUAUGUAUCAGCUAAAAAGUUUGAUUCGAGCUGGAGCUGAUCCCAAGAAGACAGAUUAUGAUGGGAGAUCACCUUUGCAUCUGGCGGCAUGCAGAGGAUACGAAGAUAUCACGCUUUUCCUUAUUCAAGAAGGUGUAGACAUCAACAUCAAAGAUAACUUUGGGAACACACCGCUACUUGAAGCAGUUAAGAGUGGACACGAUCGGAUUGCUGCUUUACUUGUUGAAGAAGGCGCCUCUUUGAAGAUAGAUGAUGGUGGUAGUUUUUUAUGCACAUCAGUUGCAAGAGGAGAUUCGGAUUAUCUUAAAAGGCUUUUAUCUAAUGGCAUGGAUCCUAACUUGAAAGAUUAUGACUAUCGAACCCCUCUACAUGUUGCUGCAUCUGAAGGUUUAAUCUUCAUGGCAAAGUUGUUAUUAGAAGCCGGAGCUAGUGUUUUUACCAAAGACAGAUGGGGAAAUACACCGCUUGAUGAAGCUCGGAUGAGUGGAAAUAAGAAUCUGAUAAAGCUGCUGGAAGAUGCAAAAUCUGCUCAAUUGACAGAAUUUCCUUUCCCCCAAGAAAUUACAGAUAAAGUACAUCCAAAGAAGUGCACAGUGUUCCCCUUCCACCCAUGGGAUCCGAAAGAACAAAGAAGAAAUGGAAUAGUAUUAUGGGUUCCACACACCAUUGAAGAACUAAUCAAAACAGCUGCAGAACAGACAGGAAUUUCUAACGACUCUUGUAUUAUAUCAGAAGAUGCUGGUAAAAUUAUUUAUGUCGACAUGAUUAAGGAUGAUCAGAAGCUGUAUUUAGUCGAUGAAACGCAUUAAGUAAUCAUAUUAUGGCUCUUUUACAGCCAUGUAAUAAAGUGCCUUGCAUUGUGCUGUAAUCUAGAAAUAAGCGCAAUGUUUAUCUUAUUAAUGUUAUGGUAAAUGUCCUAUGCAGUUAAAAA